AUGCUUCAUCGUGAACCACGACUCCAACCAGACAAGAAAAGAAGAGAUGAUACGAAAGAAAUUUUCGACGAACUGAAAGAAUUGCUAAGAAUCCCUCGUCCGACAAAGAUUCGUCUACUCGAGGAAAUUGCAAGAAGAUGGGAAAUCAUAGAUGAAAUCAAAAUUGAUUCAAAAUUCUGCGCUGACAAACAAAUCACGGUUGCUUUAGAACCGUUGGCAGAACAUAUUCGUCGCCAGGUUGAAUAUGAGUUCGAUCUAAGCACAAAACUAAAAAAGCUGGAGGCUAUUCUGAUCGUCCUGAAAUCCGAACUCAAUGGAGAAGUAGUAACCACUAAUGCCAGUAACAUCUCGUCCAGCAACCAAAGCAUCACACCAAACAGCCAUAGUUUAGCAGAAAAUCAACCACCACCCAGCAUUGAUGUAUCAGGAGACCACAUUUCGGAUGAUCGUCGCUUGGAGAACUCUAAAACUUUUGUGAAUACAACAUCAAAAGGGAAGAUUAGACGAGUUCAUCAAAAAAGGAAUGUACAUCCAAGCGGAGAAUCAAGAAUCGAAACCAAAGAUGGAGCACCACCAAUUUCAAAAAGGGCAGCAGAAGCCCCCGGACCGUCGGCAAUUUCUCUCCAACCGCUCGAUUUCUUCACAAACUCCUCACAUGCAAGCUCAUUGUAUUCCAUUCCAAUACUGCAUUUCGUGUUCCCGGAGCAUCGGCCUUUGAUUACUCGUCUCCAAAUCAAUGGCAAACAUCUUCAUAUAUCCCCUCCUCAUCCACCCAUACUCCAGAAUACUCUGAUUGGAACUUACCAACAAAUUCGGAAUUGGAACUCCACUCCGCAGAAUACACAAAUGACAACGGAUCUGAUAUCAACUUCACAGUUCCAAGUACAACAAAAAUUGAUCAAGCAACCAGGUUUCCUUGACGCCAAACGGAGUCAAAGAAAAGAACUCAACAAUCAAAAUUUGAGUUCUUUAUCGAUUUGUCUUUCAAAUCUUCCCGUGAACAAUCCAUUCAAUCAAGAAAUUCGUUUUUGCGAUUUGAUUCAUCUACAGCCAGAACGUUGGUUGAACGAAUAUUUGAUAGAAUUUUCGAUUGAUAGGCUGGCUUCUGAAUAUUUGAAUCCAGAUCAACAGAAAACGGUUCAUUUAUUCGAUACCACCUUCUUCCGGCGCCGAGCUGAAGAAAUAGUUACUGCCGUACCACGGAAAAGCAGAGAGGAGAUGGCGGAGUCAAUGAAGAAAAUGUGUAUUGAGAAGCAGGAGAGGAAAAGGAAGAUCCCAAUAUUCGAAAGGGAUUUGCUCGUCUUCCCGAUCAACCACUCACAUCAUUGGAUUCUCUGCGUUGUAAUCAAUCCAAAAGGAGCAAUUGUGGAGGAAGGGAAAGAUAAGAAUAAUAAUAAGUGUCGAAUUAUUGUGUUUGAUUCGAUCGAUUGCACUGUUCGGAAAAAGGAUGUCGUCAUGUUCAUGACCAUCUACAUGCGACAACAAUUCGAAAGAGUUUGGAAGCUGAACGGAGUGUUGCAGGAGGACAGAAUCGAAAUUCCUGAAGUUAAACACCCAUACAAACAACUCAACGAAUACGAUUGCGGUGUUUACACGAUAUUGUUCGCCCGUUCCAUCAUCUGCAAUUACAUCCAAUUCCAAAAAGCGCAGAAUGAGCACCAAUUUGAUCUUUGCAAGUUCGAUCGAAAUGCCCGUAAUGCCGAUUCGAUAAAUUUGCGGACUGCAAUGCUUAAUUGGUUUUUGGAGUUGGUAGACGAGGAGUUUUGUCCCGAACUGAACAUGGAUACAUUGAUAAAGAUAGCUCCUGGUUAUAGAGAUAUUAUUAAAACAAAACCGAUGUAUUAA